UCCUCCUGGAGAAAAUCUUCCCUGCGCCUUUUCUUAUCAUCUUUCAAAGUGUUAUAGCAAUAAAAUGUUAUUAAGAUUUACUCGUGGAAGCAUUAAUAUUUUGGCUCGGAGGAAUUUCAGUGAUAAAAAAUCAAAUGUGGAGCUACCAAAGAAUGUCCUGGAGCCCUAUCAAUCAGCUCAGGAUCAAACGGAAAAUGGGGUAAUCUACGAUAAGAAACCCUUUAAAGUGGAACUGGAGAAAGAUAAACUCUACUCCUGGUGCCUCUGUGGGAAGUCUAAGGGUCAACCAUUCUGCGAUGGUACCCAUAAGAAUGUCUUCAUGAAAAUCAAACUACGCCCAGUGCGCUUCCAGGUUGAAAAGUCCGGAACUUAUUGGCUAUGCAAUUGUAAGCAAACCAAGAGACGACCCUUCUGUGAUGGAGCUCACAAGCAGCCUCACAUUCAGGAGCUUAUUAGGUGAAGAAAUGCGGGCGGCUACCUCGAAUAUGUUUUUUUGUAGAAAUUCUUUUUGAAAGUAAAUAAAAAUUACUAAAAUUCUUGAUUGAAAA